UUAAAAUCGGUAACAAAGUUAAAUACUUAGGCUAAUAAAGCGUUCAAGCUUAAAAUAGUUGGUAACUGAAUAUUGUAUGAAGCUGCAAUCCUCAACUAAAAGUUGGUAGGACUUUUUUCUUUUGCACCUCAAAUGUACGCUAGCGCAAGUUGCUGUUAGCUAGCCUCUGACAUUGAAUGACCUUGCAUGCGUGUAUUAUCAGUAAAUUGCCUAGGUUGGGUAGUCAGUUUUCAGUAAUCGAGUAGGGCGGACGUUCUUAGCAAAGUAUACGUCGGUUCAUAGCUUGCUUAUUAUUAAUUUGAUUUCCUGUUGGAUUGUGGAUUAUUCAAAUUCAUAAAUUAAUUAUGUCGACUGUUUCCGUAAUUGCUACAAAACCAUACGAAGGCCAAAAACCGGGCACUAGCGGAUUACGCAAAAAGGUAAAAGUUUUCACACAACAACAUUAUACUGAGAACUUCGUGCAGUGUAUUUUGGAUGCCAAUGGUGCAGCUUUAGAAGGAGCUCUGCUGGUAGUGGGUGGCGAUGGCCGAUACUACUGUAAGGAAGCUGCAGAACUCAUUAUUCGAAUGUGUGCUGCAAAUGGGGUUGCUAAAUUGCUGGUUGGACAAAAUGGUAUACUUUCAACGCCAGCUGUUUCGAGUUUGAUUCGUAAUCACAAAGCUUUAGGUGGAAUAGUACUGACAGCUUCCCACAAUCCCGGCGGUCCCGAGAACGAUUUCGGCAUUAAAUUCAAUUGCGAAAAUGGUGGACCCGCACCCGAUGCUGUAACAAAUAACAUCUACGAACUCUCCACUGCCAUCAAGGAGUACAAAAUAGUCAAUGGCUUGGAAAUUGACAUAAGUAAAAUAGGUACUAAUAAAUAUGAAAUUAACGGUAAACCUUAUGUUGUUGAGGUUAUCGAUUCGGUGGCUAACUAUGUUGCGCAUAUGAAAGAGAUUUUCGAUUUUGAGAAAUUGCGUGACUUUGUUAGCGGAAAGACAUCGGGUAAGCCACUCAAAAUGCGCAUAGAUUCGUUGAACGGCGUUACUGGCUCAUAUGUGCGUGAGAUCUUUCUGAAUGCUUUGGGUGCAGCUGAGAACUGUGUAGUGCAUACAACACCGUUACCUGAUUUCGGCGGUUUGCAUCCCGAUCCGAAUUUAACUUAUGCCAAGGACUUGGUGGAAACUGUGGCGCAAGGUGAUUACGAUAUUGGCGCCGCAUUCGAUGGUGAUGGCGAUCGCAACAUGAUCAUUGGCCAUCGUGCUUUCUUCGUAACACCUAGCGAUUCCUUGGCAGUUAUCGCAAAUAACUUGGAAUGUAUUCCAUAUUUCAAGAAAAAUGGUGUACAAGGUUUUGCAAGAAGUAUGCCAACAGCAUCUGCUGUGGAUUUGGUGGGAAAGAAGUUGGGCAAAGAGGUAUUUGAAGUGCCCACUGGCUGGAAGUAUUUUGGUAAUCUCAUGGACGCCGGUCGUCUGUGCUUAUGUGGCGAAGAAAGCUUCGGCACUGGCUCCAAUCACAUCAGAGAGAAGGAUGGCAUUUGGGCAGUUCUAGCUUGGCUCUCCGUUAUGCAACAUACCGGCAAGGGCAUCGAAGAUAUACUCAAGGAUCACUGGGCCACAUACGGACGUAAUUACUUUACACGUUAUGAUUAUGAGGAAUGUGAAUUGGAACCCUGCAAUGAAAUGAUUGCAACUAUGGAGACAAAUAUCACCAAUCCUACAUUCGUUGGCAAGAGUUACUCCAGCGGCGACAAAACAUACAUAGUGAAGGUAGCUGAUAAUUUCAGCUACACAGAUCCCGUCGACAACUCCCUGGCCACAAAGCAAGGUCUACGCAUUGUCUUUGAAGAUGGUAGCCGAAUUGUGUUCCGUUUAAGUGGUACAGGCAGUUCGGGCGCUACAGUGCGUUUGUAUAUUGACUCCUACGAGAAGGAUAAUGUGCUCGGUCAAGCCAGUGUAAUGUUGAAACCAUUGAUCGACAUCGCUUUGGAGAUUUCACAACUGCCCAAAUUCACCGGUCGCAAUGCACCCACUGUCAUUACAUAAGGAAUUUAACCAGCUACUCAACAAAGGCUAGUUUGGGAGGCUACCUCGUUUUCAAAAUGUUUGGCAUACAAUGCGUUUCACUUGUUAGUUCUUAUUUUGUCUAAAAAAACAAAAUUGUUAAGGAUACAGUUACUAGAAUUGGCACUAUUUGUUGCGAAAAAAAAAAUAUUUAAUAAUAAAAUUUGUAUGUUUGUGUUUUAUAUAAGCAAUAA